ACGACACUUUCAGAUAAACAGUGACGUCAGAGUGGACCGGUCGGGGGGGAUUUCACAGCGAAGAAAAGAAAUGGCGAUGCUUGGGAGCUUUAGCUCUGCACAUCAAAAGAAAAAUAUAUCCGAUGGCAGCAGGGACGUGACAGAAUUUCUUUGUCCAGUUUGUCUCGAGAUUUUCGACAACCCUGUAAGAACACAAUGCGGGCAUACGUUUUGCCAGAGUUGUCUGCAGGAGUGUCUACGUCCCCAGAAGCCUGUGUGUGCGGUGUGCAGGGCAUCUCUUGGCAACUGGACCAAAGCAACUGAGCUAGAGGCCCUUAUCCACUCCUCUGUGGCUGCUUGUAAGGGCUGUGGCGUCCAGGUUGGUAUGUCUCAGAUGAGGAGCCACACAGCUGCCUGUUCAAAAUAUCAGGAGUACAUUGAGGAGGGAGUGCGAACCUCUGCCCAGACCCAACCACCCAUUGUCAGUCCUGUACCAAACCGCUAUACCUUCACCUGCCCGUACUGUACCUGUCAGAACCUGGAUCAGGAUGGCCUGGUUGAACACUGUACCUCACAGCAUAACAGAGACACUCGCCUAGUGGUUUGCCCUAUCUGUGCCUCGAUGCCCUGGGGAGACCCUAACUACAGGAGUGCUGACUUCUUCCAGCACCUCAAGAUUAGACACACCUUUUCCUAUGAUACCUUUGUGGAUUAUUCAACAGACGAGCACACAAUGAUUCAGGAGGCUCUACAGCGUUCCUUAAUGGAGAACUGAAGUAAAGAACAGUUCCUUUCGAAGGGGUAGGGGGCAGGGUAAACUGCAGACGGUGGUGUGAUGUUUUUUGAAGACAGUGCGUGGUACUUCAUUGUCUUCAAUUUCAUUAAUUGACCGGUGGGUAAAACUAAAUGGGCGAUUGGCUUUGCGAGGAAUGUACAUCCUUACAGUGACUAGAGAUUUAUUGUUGAUCUAAAAUUAAAUGGGGCAAAAUAAAAAUGAGAGGAAGCACAAUGUGCUUUCUAAUUUAGGAGCCAUGUCUGUCACACGUGUCAACAUCCUGUGUCUCCCCUAAUACAGCCUAAACUCUUGAUAGAUUGUGGAUUAUAUCAGUCAUAUUUAAAUUGUUUUUGUUGUUUGCACUGUGUCAAAUAAUCACAAAAAAAUGCCUCAAAGUCCUACCGUAGUCAUGACUUGAAGUGUAUUAGAUGGUUCUACCACUAGGUGGCUAGUAGUUUGCAAGCAGAAUACCAACCUCACCCAGUAGAGUGUUUACUGAUGGGGAAAACGCUAUUUAAGAGCAUGUUUAACUCUUCAAAGUGUGAGUUGCUGCAGUUGGAAUUUGUCAAAUCAAAUGGACACCACCUGUAUUUUAUGUUCAUGUUUGUAUGUUCAUACUGAAUGGGAUAUUUCUUGUUUUUUCAUGCAUCCCUUGGUCUCCUAGAAAGUAUAGAUAAUAUCUCAAAGCCUCAAUAUGGCUGUUUGUUUUCUUUUUUAACUGUUCUUCCUUUUUCCUCUAUGUUCUGUGCUUGUUAACGAUCUCAUACCCAUCUCAAAAUUGCCAUUUUUGGUUGCUAUCUUAGCUAAUCAAAUUAUUCACAUUUGUGCAUACUUGUUAUUAAGGCCAGUGAUUUACUUUCAUGUCGUUCUGGCCACUAAAAUACAUCUUAGCGGCCAUAAGGGGGCAGUAGAGUUCCAUCAUUUGCUCGUCAUCUGUGAAAGCCACUGGUCAACACCAGGCUCUCACCCAGCGCAUAAUAACGCUUCAUUCUCUAAAUGUGCUUCCUUUAAUAGUCCGUUCAUAGUUAUCAUCUUGGCUAAAUAUGUUUGCUUUGCAAUGUAUCCUUUGCAUUCAAGAAAUUAUCCUGGAAUUUGACAGUUGUCAUAGCCUUUUAAUAAAACUGCAAACAUGUUAGGCAGUUUGUAACAUCUAUAUUGUAUAUUUCUUUAUUGUAAUUAAAAGCAUUUUGUUGACCAUUUCUGAUGCACCUUUUACAUCAACUGUCCUUUAUCUGUGAUAUUAUCUUCAUUUUUUGAUAUUGCUGCCUCAAAAAGUAAAUGUAAAAUAUGUAUUGGUUGUAAUUGUUUCUAACUAGCAGCAUUUUAAUCUGUAUCUGAGCACAUGGCAAUCCAUAUUUUUAGUUUUAACAAUAGCAGCCCAAAAAGCAACGGCCAAUGGCCUCAAUGUAAAGAUUUAUAAUUUCAACCCAUUUUUCUUUCUCAAAUUUAAAAGGGAUUUCUUUUGUUAUUUGUGCAAUUUCUGCUCUGUGUGAAUUCACACUUGGCCACAAGGUUGUCCUUUCGUAUGUAUUGAUGACUAUGUUCAUGUCCAAAAUCCUAUUUCAUCUUGUCCACUGUUCAUGACUGCAGUUGUGUCUCAUAAAGAUUAAUAACACAAUCCACACCCAAAAGAGAAGUAGCACUGGCUAACAACCGGAAUGCCUUUUUUUUUUUUUACACUGCUCUUUGUGCCACACACAAAUUCUCAUGUAUCUUAUUCUUCCUUGUCAUCCUGGCUGUUACUAAAUCCAGAUAAAUUAAAGUUCUUCAAUUAUUUAAAACAAACCCGCUCCAGCAAUCAGGCUGAUUUAUACCUCUGAGUGUGUGCGUGCGCGUGUGUGUUGGGGGGCAUGCUGGACACACAGAGAGAAGUAAA